ACGCAAACUUAGACGCUGUAUUUAUAAAGUGUGUAGAUCACUUUGUUGUGAAUGCUAGGUGCGUUGCUUGACUAAACAAAGGUACGUGUGCAAAAGCAGAUCUAAAAACCAAUGCACCACACCUUUGCGGUGUAAGUAUCUAUCUCGGCGCACGCAAUACGGAAUUCAAACAUAUCUUUUCACAAAGUGAGCGCCUUUAUACGUUUGACUAGAACGCGUUGUAGUGAAAUGUCAUGUUCUUUCCUACAAUGGCGACUGCUGGUGUAGUAGAAACUUAUCGCAUAAUGCAAGCUUCUUCGCUUGGUUGCAUAGUAUGCGCCACGAUCAACACUGGACUUUGUGCGUCCAGAGUGAGAUGUUUUCGGUUGCGCUCCUUCAUGUAUAGCAACAUAUUGUCGCACUAUACAAUUUGCUUAAUUUUCUUUGAAAAUCGAAAUUUGCCGUGCCGAUCACUUAUUUGUGAGGCGGUGGUCAUCACCAAUGACAACCACAGGCAAGUCCAUACCAUUGAAAUAUCCGAGCAUCCAUUUUGUUAUUGCAAACCGACCAAACCUCGCUACGAUUUUGAUCUCCUUCUGCUUGUCGCUAUACAGAGCAAGUUUGCGUCGACUCCAACUAUGAUACUGCAAUUCGAAUAUUUACUUGAUUUGGAUUCUGGUGAUGCAAAAUGCAAGCCGUCAUUGCAUAAUGUCCACUCGGCAAAACGGUAUUUGAAUAGGGCGCGUGUGUGAUGCGAAAAAAAUCAUUCUCAUCUUCCGUACUCGUCAACAUUGCCGACGCAAAAUUGAGACGGUCUCUUUAGAAAAUUCUGCACUGGGGUAACAGGCUGAGAUUUUACUCUGAGAUAGGCGCGAACUGGCUUUGCGAGUGGCAAAAAAAAUCUAAGCAUGUGUGUCCUACAUAAAGUCGGCAACGUCAAUCUAAGCGCAACAACUUAACACAAGAUGAUGAUUUUUACAAAACGAUUGAAAUCUAGAACGCACAAGUCCAAAGUUUUGCAAUACUUGUGGAAGGUACAAAUAAUCUAACAUGAUU